UCACACACAACGAUCUGAUCAGAGAGACUAGUGGAGAGCAAGGGAAAAACUUGCACUAGGAGCUGAUGAUGGAGCUGGCCAAGACGAUCGCGCUGCUGGUGUGCCUCCUAGGCACAGCGGGAGGCACAUCGGGGGCAAAUUGCAUCCCGCGGACGAGGUCGGCGACCUUCACGCCGCGCUCAGCCGCUAGUUUCUUUACUGCUCGCACACCGCCACCGACGGUCGACUGGCGUGCGCAUGGUGCUGUCACGCCGGUCAUGGACCAGGGAGUUCUCGGUUCCUGCUGGGCUAUCUCGACGGCGGGCGCCAUCGAGGGGCUGCACAAGAUCCGCUCCGGAAGACUUGUCCGCCUAUCGAGCCAGCAGAUAUACGACUGCUCCAACAAAAGCAUGAUCGAGUCGCACCUCAGGGCGUACGACUGGGUGCUCCUCAACGGAGGCGUCGCCUCCGAGGAGACGUACCCGUACGUGGACCGAGUCCAGGACUGCAAGCGGGAGAAGCUGCAUAUGAUCUCCGCGUCCAUCACAAGCUUCGUGUGGACCAUACGAACCGAGCAAGAGCUCCUGCACGCCGUCACUCAGCAGCCGGUGACCGUCAAGAUGUCGGUCGAGCCAGCAAGCUUCCUCAACUACACAGGAGGCAUCUUCUCGGGACCGUGCGGGCAUGCUGGCCACUCCAUGUUGGCAGUGGGUUAUGGCGUCCUCGCCGACGGCAGAAAAUACUGGAUCUUAAAAGGUUCUUACGGCGUUCAUUGGGGUGACCACGGCUACUUCUACGUGCAACGUGGACCUGGCCACGAUGCAGGCCUCUGCGGCAUUGCGAAUUACGCCGCACAUCCGGUCUAGACUCUAGACUACUACUCCAUCCGUCUUAAUGAUGGAGGCUUACAAAGUUUGGUCAAGUUUGUAAGGAA